GCCGGAAGUACCCGGAACCUUGAGACCUAGCGCCUUCCGUCAUCUCCGGCAUUUCAAGGGGCGGUUCCUGUAGUUUUUGGAAGCCGCGGAGGUACGAAUUUAAGAAAUGCCCCUUCUGUUAAUUUAUUUUCAAAGACACCGAAAUGUGCGCGGACCACUUGUGGGCCAUUUAAUUCAGAACUUCAGAACUCCCCAAUUUUUACGUGGAAGAAUGUGAAUAGUAACGUAAUUUGACCUUUAACCUUUAGCCGGGUGCAGCGGAGGGAAACGCCUCCAUCUCUAUAUAAGGAAAUUUCCGGCCGGCUGGGGCCCUUUUCUCUCUUUUAGCGCUAGGCGCCGACCUCUCGCGCUCUUUUCCUCCGCUGCUAUCCAGCUACCGGUAACAGACAAGGCCAUGGGUUUCGGAGACCUGAAAAGCCCGGCCGGCCUCCAGGUGCUCAAUGAUUACUUGGCGGACAAGAGCUACAUCGAGGGGUAUGUGCCAUCACAAGCAGAUGUGGCAGUAUUUGAAGCCGUCUCUGGCCCCCCGCCUGCGGACUUGUGCCAUGCCCUACGUUGGUAUAAUCACAUCAAGUCUUAUGAAAAGGAAAAAGCCAGCCUUCCAGGAGUGAAGAAAGCUUUGGGAAAGUAUGGCCCUGCCAAUGUGGAAGACACCACAGGGAGUGGAGCUACAGAUAGCAAAGAUGAUGAUGACAUUGAUCUCUUUGGAUCUGAUGAUGAAGAGGAAAGUGAAGAAGCAAAGAGGCUAAGGGAAGAACGCCUUGCACAGUAUGAAUCAAAGAAAGCCAAAAAACCUGCACUUGUCGCCAAGUCUUCCAUCUUACUAGAUGUGAAACCUUGGGAUGAUGAGACGGAUAUGGCAAAAUUAGAGGAGUGUGUCAGGAGCAUUCAAGCGGAUGGCUUGGUCUGGGGUUCCUCUAAACUAGUUCCAGUGGGAUAUGGUAUUAAAAAACUUCAAAUACAGUGUGUAGUUGAAGAUGAUAAAGUUGGAACAGAUAUGCUGGAGGAACGGAUCACUGCAUUUGAGGACUAUGUGCAGUCCAUGGACGUGGCUGCUUUUAACAAGAUCUAAAAUCCAUCCUGGAUUCUUGCACUUAAAUAAAAGCUUGAAAGAUUA